AAAAAUCCAACAAUGAUCAAUCACAUCUAAUAAGCUCACCACAUAAAAAAACCAGACGUUAAUGAACAACGAAAAACAUAAACCUAUUUUUUAAAUUCAUUCCACCAAAAAGAAUCGGAACAGGACAGGUUGAAGAGGAAAAUAGACAUGGCAAUAAUUGCCGGCGAAUCGGCGGCGUCAUAAUACCCGUUUGUUGCUCGGUGCAUGGCGCUAUGAUUUUAAGGACUAAUUGGAAAUAGGCUUAAAUUUGUAGCACAUAUAAAGUUACAGAAUUUGUGCUACUUGACUACUUAUUUUUCGGCUCUGUUUGAGACUUUGAGUAGCUUGAUCUACUCCACUGCUAGUGCCAAAAUCUGAAAAUUUUCUUUCAUGGGUAGUAGAUUAUUUGAAGCUCUAAAACCCUUAUUCAAGAACCCAAUUCCUUUAAACCCCUCAUUUUAUUUGAAUUUGCUUCAGAUUUGCAUCGACGCAAAAGCAGGAAAACAUGGCCGUUCGAUUCACAAACAUCUGUUUUUAAAUGGGUUUGAUUCAAACGUGAGUUUAAACACCAAAUUGAUCAUAUUUUAUGGUAAAAUUGGUGACAUAUGGCAUGCACGUAAGGUUUUUGAUGGAAUGCCUGAAAGAAAUAUUGUUUCUUGGACUGCUUUGUUGUCUGGGUACUCCCAAAAUGGGUUGUUUAAGGAUGCUGUGAUGGUUUUUUGGGAUAUGCGUCGUUCAGGUGUAAAGGGUAAUCAGUUUACUUAUGGUAGUGUAUUGAGGUCGUGUACGAAGUUGAUGUGUUUAAGUAGUGGACAACAAAUUCAAGGGUGUCUGCAGAAGAGUAGGUUUGUUAGGGAUUUGUUUGUGCAGAGUGCAUUAGUUGACUUGUAUUCGAAGUGUGGGAAUAUAAAGGACGCGAGCAAUGUAUUUCAGAUGAUGUCUGAGAGGGAUUUGGUUUGUUGGAAUGCAAUGAUUGGUGGAUAUGCAGUUCAGGGAUUUGUGAAUGCUGCAUUUCAGAUGUUUCUGUCAAUGAUGAAAGAAGGUACAACACCCGAUUGCUUUACUUUUGGAAGUUUACUGAGUGCCUGUGCUCAAGGUAAUAAUCUUGCCAGAGUCUGCCAAAUCCAUGGAUUAAUCAUACAACAUGGUUUUGGAUUACAUGAUCUGUUGAAUAGACUGUUAAUAGAUGCGUAUGCAAAAUGUGGAAGCAUGAAGCACGCACACAUAGUUUUUAGGAGUAUGAUGGUAAAAGAUUUAUUUUCAUACACUGCUAUGAUUGCUGGCUAUGCACAUAAGAGUGACCAUUAUAUUGAUGCUUUGAGUCUCUUCAGUGAGAUUUAUAACAGUGGCAUGAAGCUGGAUGGUUUUCUUCUAUGUACCAUGCUUAGUGUUUGCUCUAAUUCAUCAUUGUUAAUCUUUGGAAGACAAAUUCAUGCUCUUGCACUAAAGCAUAUUCCCACAUCUGACGUGGCCAUGAGUAAUGCCCUCAUCGAUAUGUAUGCCAAAUGUGGGGAGCUUGAGGAAGCCACUCGUUCUUUUGGUCAAAUGGAGGAAAAGAAUGUUAUUUCAUGGUCAUGUUUAAUUGAUGCAUAUGCCAAGCAUGGUUAUGGACAUAAGGCAAUGUCAUUGUAUAGGAAGAUGGAAUAUGAGGGCCUCAAGCCAAAUGACGUGACCUUUUUGUCUCUUCUAUUUGCUUGCAGCCAUGCAGGAUUAAUCAGGGAAGGUUGGGAAUGCUUUAAUAAUAUGGUUGGUAAACAUAGUAUUGCUCCAACUGAAAAACACUAUUCAUGUAUGAUUGAUGUAUUUGCACGAGGUGGCCAAUUAGAGGAAGCUUUUGAUCUAAUCCGAAAAAUGAAUGUUCAGCCCAACGCAUUGCAUUGGGGAGCCAUUCUUGGUGCUUCUAAUGUCCAUGGAGACAUCUCCUUUGCAAAAGUAGUAGUGAAAAACCUUUUCAAUUUGGAUACCAAAAAUUCCUCUAAUUAUGUUGCUCUGGCUAGUAUAUAUGCUGCAGCUGGUUUGUGGGACAAUUCCUGGACUACACAUAAAUUGUUGGAGGAAAAGAACUUGAAGAAGAAUCCUGCUCACAGCCUUGUCUUGUCUCACGGAAAGAGUACAGAGCUUUUGCAAAACUGAAAGCAAUUGAAAAGAAAAUAUGAUCAUCUGUACACUUGCAUUAUAUCAAAAAUGAGCAAGAGUGGUUACUAUUGCAAUGAACAGCACCCACUGACAACAGUGAUUUAAUCCCAGAUCUUGCGUUCAAGUCCUCUUUGUAUUUCUCUGCCCCUUCUCUUGUUGUUUUGAAUAUGAUGUUUUCUCCCCCCCCCCCUCACCACACACACACCCCCUUCUUACCUUGGCAGACAAUUGAAUCCCAACUUCCAUACCUUCCUUACCUGUUUCCUAGUUUUCCUCUCCACCACUUCUCCAGUCCUUCUCACUUAUCAUCUAAAAGGAACAGAUAACCACUAUACUAUGGGCUACCACCAUUUCUUAAUGUCCGAUUCGGUAUGAUAAUGUGCUUAGUAUGUUCCCCGAAGAUGAUAUUUCUAGUAAUUAAAUGACAUGAAACCCAUCAGAGAAUUAGAGUAUCAUCAUUCUUUUUUUCAUUUUACUUUCAAUUUUAGAAAUGAUUUUGAAAAUUGUUGUAUAAGGUUAUUAGUUUAUUGCCUGCUAACGAAAGAGGUAGGUAUCGAAUUAAUGAGUUCUAUAAUACUGCUAUCAACUGGGUUCAUUUCCUUAUUGAAUUAAGAGAUUGAAGGCACAACCCUUCAAAGGAUCCAUCAGACACUUGAAAAAGUAACAUCUUACCAAAAAUUUGUUUUAUGGGGGCUACUGAUAAUCAAAGUCUUGGUUGAUCUUCUUUAAAAUUUACAUUGGUGUCAUUAAUGGGAAAAAUCAUGAGAAAGUCACAAAAUUGAUUUAAUGUUAUGACCCAAAAUCUCCUUUCAUAGAGUUGUUGAAUUUUGGUUUAAUUUAUAUCUAUUAUUACUUUUACUCUUUAGUUACCAGCCUAUGGCAACUAAUUAUGUGUUCGACAGGUUUUUCUUUACCAUAAAAUCUAAGAGAUUCAGGGAGUUCUGUAAACCACCUACUCUAUAUCCUCAAAUCCUUAUAAAUCCUCAAUAUUCUUCUGGGUUUGGACUCUAUAGUCUAGGCAGUGGAAUAUGGUCAAGCUGUACUGGAAUCUCAGUAGUGAAAUUCAGAUCUCAUCUUUUUUCAGCAGUAAUGCAGUCUCAGCAGCCGAAAAUCAUGGCUCUGCUAGACUGCUAUUUACAGUUGGAGGGGACAUGAUAAAAACUUGGCUCAACUGGGAUGUCAUUACAAGUUUUACAAAGGUUUGAGAAGACAUGAAAGAUUUUUUGAGGUUCAAGGCAGAGAUAAAAUGACUUUGUUCUAAGCAUAUUUCUUCACUGCAAGAGGUACAAAUACUGACACCUAUCUUUAUGUCUGUUGAUCUCCUUGCAGCUAUUUGUUUUCUUAGGAUCUUCUCUAUGAUUUUAUUGGGCUAACGACUGUAAGAUAUGUUCCUUGUUCACUAAUCCUUCCUGCCGUAACUUUCUAGCUGAUGAAUGUAUGAUGAGGUAAAUGGGAAUUAGGUUGCAAUUCUAGCCUUUCUGCUACCUGGAUAAGACUUGCUGCUCAUGUUUGUAUUCUAUCUCUCAAGUAUGUAUUUUCACUUUCACUCGCUAUCCUUAUCUGUGUAAGUGAUUACCACGCAUGCUCCUCUGUAUGGUCGAGUUUACUCAUAGACCUUGCUGUUCACUGUUGGCUUUAACUGAUGGUAUGUUCUAAGCUUCUCAUUCCUUGUCACGUGCUUCAUCCUGAAGGAUGGAGAAAGCUCUUUAAAGUGGACUUUGCUAAUGUAAGUGUUGAGCUGUUAAUUGGAAGGUCAGAUGCAAUUCCUUGUGUUGGUAUGCUUGGAUUCAGCAAGGGAGAAUGUUGCAAUUGACUUGUGUGUCAUUAUUGGAUUUUCUACUUCUGGCUACUUUAAUUUCACUCAUACGUCAUGGUUCCUUAGGCUGAUUCCACAUGACUCUAGAUGCUUGAGGAUACUUAACAUAGUAUGCUUCAUGGAUUUAAUACAAUUUGAAAUUAGAGGGAAUUCCUUGGAAACUUUCCAAGUUUGCCUCAAAACUUUGAAGUUGGUACUUAACCUUAAGACACGUGUUGACGUGUAUCUAUGGAAUGCAUCUCUCCAAAUAUUUAUUAAGAAUGAAAUUACGGAGGGAUGCAUCAUCUAGAAGUUGAUGACUAGGAUGUAGAUAUGGAUGAUUCUGGCAGUAUAGCUGUAUAGGGGGAGUAGGUGUUGGUCGUUUCAGAUCAUUAACGAUAGGCAAGCUCACCAUUCACCAAUGUUCAACAGAACACGUGGAGAGUCUGACUUUGCAUGAAGUUUGCCAUCUUGAGCCUAACUUCGAUAGGCUUAACAUUCUAUACUCUUGUGCUCUUAUGCUGAGCUUCUUGAAAUUGAAUUUUCACUCUACUUAUAGAAGAGUUGAUCUAUCUCAGUGUUCUAAUAAUUGAAAUCUUUAUAUACUAGGUUAUGCAACUUGCGUUGCUUUUAUGUUUGUCCACUAUCCCUUUUUUUUUUUUUGAGGUUGUACUAAUCUUUUUUUAGGUCUGUAAACAUACAUUACUUUAUCCCCCCAACCCCAACCAAGAAACAAAUAAAGAAAAAAAGUUGUAGUUUUUUCUUAUAGAAACUUUAAGAUACAUCACCAAAUGCAGGAAAUGACAUAAAUUUGGUGUAUGGUUUUGAUGGUUGCAGGAAAUAUAGCUUCUUUGCUAGCUUUGCUCUUGGUUGGCUAAUCUCUGACAAUCUGACAGUGAUGAUCCUGCAUCUUCUUAACUGAUUGAUACUAUCUUAAGCAGAAUGAGGAUGACUUUUGGUGAGACUGUCAAGUGUCAAGUAUUAGAUUAUCACCAAAACGCGAACAAGGUUACAAGGGUGCCAAGUCCAUCUUGAAAGGUCCUUGUACCAAAAUCCUGUGUGGCGUUGCUGGUGAAUUGGCCAGUUACAACAAGCUACAGAUCCUCGUCUUAUAGAAGUACAGUUUUAGUGUCUUGACAACUAUGGAUGUAGAUGUACUAAAAUCAUGUGUGACAUUGCAUUUGUAUUUUAGGAUAAUACAAGUUCCAAUUGAUAUCACUCUUCGAAUAUCACACUCUUUGAGGUCAGUGUUGGAAUUUGGAAGAGAAGUUCGAUGUAACUUGGAGAAAUUAUUGAAAGCCGACUUCUAGAAUUACUAUUA